AUGGACGCGCCUGGCGCGACAUCGCCGGACGAAAGUGCCAUUCAGAGCACUCCGAAGCCCGACAUCUCCACUGCACGAACCACAUCACCGGCAAGCACGACCCGAGGCGUCCAUGAGACACAACGACAAGACAAUGAGCACAGCUCCAGCGGCAGUGAUGAUGAUGAGGAAGAACAGGACGCCGAGGAAGAGGACGAAUCGGACGAGGAAGACGAGGAACCCCGCCUCAAGUACGCAUACCUCACAAAGCACUUGGGAUCUGUGUAUCGCAACGGGGAUGCGACCAGCUCAUUCCUCGUAGCAGGGGACAAAAUGAUUGUGGGGACACACAACGGAAACGUCCAUGUUCUUUCCUUGCCUGCUCUGCAGUCCCUCCGAGUAUAUCAUGCACAUACAGCAAGUGUGACGUCUGUUUCCAUAUCGCCAUUUCCACCUCCACUUCCGAACUUCAAGCAAGACACCUCCAGCAAGCAGGCUUCGGAAGAGUACAGACCCCCUACGCGAUCGUCUACAAAUACCGGCAGUAUCCGUGGCGGAAAACAAGGGAAUCGUCCAUCUGUCCCGCCACUACCAUCGAACUCUAUUUACAUCGCAACCUCCUCAAUCGAUGGCAACGUGUGCGUCUCGUCGCUGGUAGAUCCGAAGGAUGUGCUAUUGCGUAAUUUUGGCCGUCCAAUCCAGUCCGUCGCAUUGUCUCCGGAGUAUAAAAAUGACCGGACUUUCUUGUCUGGCGGCCGGGCGGGUGAAUUGAUCAUGACAACUGGCGGACGGAUCGGCGCGAGCUCCAACUCUACAACAAUGGGCGGCGCGGCCGCCACUGCGUCAAGUUGGCUUGGGUCUAUGGGGUUGGCAUCCAACAAUGGAAAAGAUACAAUCAUCCACAGUGGAGAAGGGAUUAUCAGCACCAUCAAAUGGUCUCUAUCAGGAAAAUACGUGGUUUGGGUCAACGAGGAAGGCAUCAAGAUUAUGCGGUCCAAUUUGCAUUUAGAAUCUUCAGAGACCGAGUUUGCUUGGAAACGGAUCAGCCAUAUUGAUCGCCCAACCCGUCCAGGUUGGGAUGAAAUGGCCAGCGUCUGGAAAGCACGCGCAGAAUGGAUUGAUCAGUCUGCUCUAGACAGCCAGGACAACCUCGAUCCAAAUGAUAAUACGGCAAGCCCAGAGGUACAGCCGACGGCAUCCACUGAGAAGGUGGAAAAGCUUGUCGUCGGUUGGGGUGGAACAGUUUGGGUGAUAGACGUCUACCCUGAACGAGCGAGCAAAACCUCCAAGGGCGAGAAGUUAGGCUCUGCGGAGGUUGUCACGAUAUUACGAACAGACUGCGUGGUAUCUGGCAUCUCAUUGUACACGCCUCGUCUUCUUGUUAUUCUUGCAUAUAUGGAAAUCGAAGACCAAAAUACAAGCAACGGAAGAGGCAGUGGGACCCGCAAUCGUCAAAGGGGACUUGAGCCGGAACUUCGCGUUAUUGACAUCGAGACUAAAGAAGAGAUCAGUGCUGAUACACUUUCAGUCAGCCGGUUUGAAGGUCUUUCAGCGUCUGAUUACCAUCUAAGUGUCCUGCCGCCAUGGAAAACACCCGAAGGACAGGUCGUCCAGCGUGGUGCCCUGGGUGCUCUUGGGUAUGGACUUCUGGAUGCUACUAUGUACCCCGCGAGACUAUUCAGCUCUGGCGCAAGCAUCCGCAGUACCACAAGUAGCGGCGACAAGGGUUCUGGCAGAGUGCCCCCUUCGUUUAUCUCCAAACUCCAGUCAGCCGAGGAAAGUCUCCCGAAGGAGAUACAAGACGCCUCGGGUGCUCCUGGUGCCAAAAUCUUUGUGCACAGCCCGUACGACUGCGUUGUUGCAGUAAAACGAGAUCUCGCAGACCGUCUGGCCUGGCUCGACUCUCAUGGCCAGUACGAGGAGGCGUGGCGUCUCGUCGAUGAACACCCCGAAGCUGCAGGCUCGAUACCGGACCUCACAGAAGCCGUUUCCGAUAUUGCGGGAAGGUCACAGACUAGUCUAGGCGACUUCUUUGCCGAUGACCGAUCAUCGAUCACGACGGCUGGUCGGUCGAAGGUCUCUACUGCCGAGCAAGAAAAGGCUCGGUUGGGAGAACUUUGGCUCAACCAGCUUGUCAGCGAGAAGAAGUGGGCUGAUGCUGCAUUGAUCUGUGGCAAAGUCAUCCGUAGUGCUCCGCGAUGGGAACACUGGGUAUGGGUCUUCAUUAAGAAUGAUAAACAUGACGAUAUCACUUCCCAAAUCCCGGUGGAUCUGAACCCACCGUUGUCUUCGGUGGUCUACGAAACAAUUCUCACCCACUACGUGUCGCGAGACUUGGGCAAGUUCAAAGAACUGGUCGAGGCAUGGCCGUCCGAUUUGUUCGAUGCGAACGUAAUGACCGAGACCAUCCAAGAACAGUUGAAAUCCCACUCGGUGCAGACAGGGUCUGAGGACCGGCGAAUCCUCACAGAUUGUCUCGCCAAGUUGUUCCUCAUCGGAGGACACUACCGUGAAGCUUUGCGCUGCUACAUCCGAUUGCAAGACGGAGAUGCGGCUAUGUCUCUAGUUCGGGAACACCGCUUACUCGACGCAGUCACCGACGACAUACCAGCCUUCAUCAUGAUCCGUGUCUCAAAAGAGCAAAUGAAAUCUGCCAAAACGGCCGAACUAGAGGAGCUAACAUCUGAACCCACACGACUCCUAGUGCGUGAGGCGUACACCGGCAUCGUCCCCGCAGACACCGUCGUCGCCCAAUUGCUCGCCGCAGACCGCUACCUCUUCCUCUACUUCUAUCUCCGAGCCCUCUGGCGCGGCGAAUCCCUGCCCCACGAGGCCUCGAAACCCCGACGAGGCCGUGGAGCCUAUGCCCGGGAUGCAGCAAGCAAGCUAGCAGCCGACGAAGGCAAAGCCCUGAUCGACAACUUCGCCGACACCGCAAUCGAAGUCUUCGCCGAGUACGACCGACCCCUCCUAAUGGACUUCCUCCAGACAAGCAUCACCUACACCUUCGAAAAAGCAACCACCAUCUGCGAAGACCACAGAUACACCCCCGAGCUAAUCUUCCUCUUAUCCAAAAUGGGCCAGACAAAACGCGCCCUCAACCUCAUCUUAUCGGACCUCAAGGACGUCUCACAGGCCAUCUCCUUCGCAAAGUCCCAGGAAGACCCGGAUCUCUGGGAAGAUCUCCUCGACUACUCAAUGGACAAACCGAAGUUCAUUCACGGUCUUCUCGUCGAGGCCGGAACGGCUAUCGACCCUAUUAAGCUUGUGAGACGCAUCCCGAGUGGACUGGAGAUCGAGGGCCUUAGGGAGGGUUUAACCCGUCUCAUCCGUGAACACGAUCUGCAGGCUAGUAUCAGUCAAGGCGCGGCGAGGGUCUUGCAAAGCGAGGUUGCUCUCGGCAUGGACUCACUAAGGAGAGGUCAGCGUCGUGGCAUCAAGUUUGAUAUCCUCGUUGAUGGAGAGGGAGAGGGAGAAGAUCGGAAUAAGACGCCAACGGCAAAGACACAGGCCCAGGCCCAGGCCCAGGCCCAAGCUCAGGUAUCUGCCACAGGCGGUACUAGGAAAUUCAGUGGUCCUGGACACGGCAGAUGCGGUGGUUGCAAGGCUGCAUUCCGGCCAAACGAACGCGAAAUCCUCGUCGGCUUCGCCUGCGGCCAUAUCUUCCACCUCUCACAUCUCCACCCGGACACCCCGCAACAAUCCGGCACCACGACACCCGAUCAAUCCUCCGAUCGCACGCCAAGGCCCAUGUCGCCCGUCGAUGAGCCCUUCUCUGCAACUGCGUCCCGCACUGUCGGACCGAAAGUCACGACGGCUAGGAUCUUACGUGACAAGGUCGGCGAUGGGUGUCGGAUUUGUGCUCUGACGAGACAGAUUGAGGCUCUUGGUGUUGAGGGGGAGGUUUGA